AUGUCUGACUCAAUAUCUACACAUCUUGAGAAUAUAAAACAUAUUAUAUUGGUUCUAUCUGGUAAAGGUGGUGUUGGAAAAAGUUCAAUUUCUACUCAACUCUCGUUAUGUCUUGCGCAGAAAGGACAUAAGGUUGGAAUUCUCGAUAUUGAUCUUACUGGUCCAAGUAUACCAAGAAUGUUUGGACUUGAAAAUAGGCAGGUUCAUCAAGCGUCUUCUGGGUGGGUUCCAGUUUUUACGGAUGAAAGUCAAAAAUUAUGUUGCAUGUCAAUUGGAUUUUUACUUCAAAAAAAAGAUGAUUCUGUUGUUUGGCGUGGGCCAAAAAAAAAUGCCAUGAUUAAACAAUUCCUGUCUGACGUUUGUUGGGGUGAAUUGGAUUAUCUAAUUAUCGAUACUCCACCAGGCACUUCUGAUGAACAUAUAUCUGUCGUGGAAUACUUGAAAGAUACUAAUCCUGAUGGUGCCAUCCUUGUAACUACUCCACAGGCAGUUGCAUUAGCCGAUGUGCGUAAGGAGCUAAAUUUUUGCAAGAAAGUGAAUUUACCUAUAUUGGGUAUUAUUGAAAAUAUGAGCGGAUUUAUAUGUCCCCAUUGUGAGGAGUGUACGAAUUUGUUCUCAACUGGCGGUGGUGAAGCAAUGGCACAUGAAUUUAGUAUAGAUUUUUUAGGCCGUGUUCCAAUUGACCCAUCUCUGACUCUCAUAGUAGAAAAUCAAGAUUCUUCUGUCGAUAACGAUCUGAUUAAAAAAUAUUCUGCUUCAAAUUUGUUUAAAGUUUUGAGUAAUAUCACUGACAAGAUUGUUGAAAAAGUGUCUCUUUAA